AUGGAAUCAAGUAUCCUUGUUGUCGGUCUGUUCCUUGUGCUUGCACAAGCAGUUUCUGGGACACGCCAGUUGCAACAACCGCAGCAAUGUGAUUCAUGCGCGCCUCCUAUUUCGUUUGAUCCAUCUGUUCACAAGCUAGUUUACAAGAUUGCGCUGCAGCCGUCUGUGAAUCUACCACUAAUGAGAAGCUUGAACGUCACUUUCGAGGACUACCUCACAGCUACCGCCGGCAAACGUUUUGACCCACCUAUCCAGUUUGAAGUCGUGACCAUCACCAAUAGUCUUGCCUAUGACCUGAUGAAAAGCCAGGAGAUUGACUUCGUUUUUAUCAAUCCUUUUCAAAGCACAUGUUUGGAGGAGGAAUUCGGAGCCCAAGCGAUUGCAUCGUCCGUCAGAACUACUUCUUUUGGUGGCCAGAAGCUGGCCUUGGCCCAUUUUGCUGGGAUGGUCAUUACACACGUUGACAACAACGACAUCAAUACAUUGGCUGACCUGAAGGAUAAGGUUGUCGCGGCCGUAUCUCCAGCAGCACUGGGCGGACCAUUAGUGCAAUGGCAUGAGAUGCAAAAGAAUGGAAUGUCGUACCUCAACGACCCAGCGGCCAUCGUCUUCACCAGGUCGAUGGUGAGAAGCAUUAACGGAGUGAUCGACAAGACAUAUGACGUGGGGUUCAUCAGAACGAACUUUAUGGAAUCAUUGAAAGAACGGAAUCCAGGUCUCAAUACCUCAGCAGUCAAGGUCGUCGGGAUCCGCAAGGACGAAGGCACCGUUGAUGAAGCAUUUCCGCUAGAGCACUCCACUUCCAUCAUACCAGAGUGGCGGCUUUCUGCGGCCCCAUCUACGCCCGCUAGUAUCUCCAAGGAAGUCCAAGCAGCGUUGUUGGCGCUCAAGGAGCACGGCAGGACCGGUUUGGCAAGGUCAGCUUGCCUGGAUGCCAACGGGAACAACACUGCGCAAUGUGACGAUCUCUCGGAUAUUGACUCACAAGUCUUAUGUGAGGCCAAUAUUGAAUCUGUCUCAGCUGCUGAAAGCGUGGUGUCAGCGAAAGAGCACAAUACCUUCAGAACACCUCUGUCCUUUCACAGAAUUCGAAAGAUGGCGCUCGAUCUUGGGUCCAUUCUGGAGGAUCCAACUUCAGAUUCGCUCAAGUGCUUCAGACCUUCUGAGUUUUACGACCAAAUCGUCUGCCAAAAUGGUCUCUUCAAGCUUUCACCUGAUGCCUUGGCUGCCUCAUGUAACACAACAGGGUACUCUUGUCCAGAUGGUAGGGAGUGUAUCUGCAAGCCCUGCUUCAAGGCUUUGGCGAUAGAGGUGGCUCCAACAGACCAAUACGCUGCUGGAUCUGGCUGUACCAAGAUGAGUAUAUGCUCCACGAUUGUCCAAAACGAAGUCAUUCAAUACACCGUGGUUGAUAACCAACAGCUGGAGGGUGGUCGAAAUCUGCGGGCAAAGACCCUUGAAGACGGUACUGACACAGAAAUUGCAAUCGAACAAGGGCCCAUUCCACACACGUAUUCGUUUUCUCUGAGUACUCCAAGAGUUGGCAUUUUUAUCCUGGAGAUUUAUGACGGCGAUGAACAGAUUGAUGCAUCUCCGUUGCGUGUUCGGGUAGACUAUCGUACUUGCUCCGGUGACAAAGAAGCGAGCGAGGAUGGAGUUUGCGAAUGCAAAGCCUCAUCAAUUGACAUAGGUGGAACUUGUGUGCCAAUAUGGCUUGCAGUGCUUGUCGCUCUAUCACCGAUAGCCAUUGUUGUUGCGAUUGCGGUUUACUUUUUCGUGAAGAGAAAGGAACGAGAGGCCAACAGUCUGUGGAUUGUGAAACGGUCAGACCUAAAGUUCAGCGAUCCUCCUGCCGUGCUUGGGCACGGAUCUUUUGGAUUUGUCUUACAGGCUGAAUAUCGCGGAUCAAAGGUAGCAGUCAAGCGAGCUCUUCUUCCGUCGUCAAAAGGGGACUCCAGUAGUACAGACAAUGUCCAAUUCGGGACACCGUUGAAGCGUAUUGGGUCACGGGACUCGUCGCUACCAUUGGCAAGCACUGACGAGGAUGACAGCACCGACUCUUCCCAUAGAAAGACUUCUCGGUUGACAAAUAGCAUUGAUUUGGAGACUGGAGGAAAAAAGAUGCCCCCACAAUCCCAACCGUCAGCACAUGGCGCCGUCAUCGACGGGAGCGAACCGAUGCUCGUCAUGGAACUCAUGGAGCAUGGGUCUCUCUAUGAAGUUUUGCAGAAUCCUACCACUGCAUUGGAGUCUGAUCUCAUUUUGCAUAUCAUCCAAGACAUCGCUCAAGGAAUUCGUUUUUUACAUUCGUCCAACCCACCUCUCAUUCAUGGUGACUUGAAGUCAGGCAAUAUUCUGAUUGAUUCGAAGUUUCGAGCCAAGCUGGCUGACUUUGGAAUGGUCAAGCAAAGUUCAAAGGCAGCCACUGGCACACCCCCAUGGAUGGCACCAGAAAUCCUCUCCGGCAAGUCGUCCAAUACAACCAAGUCAGAUAUGUACUCGAUUGGUGUGAUCAUCAAUGAGAUAGUCUCGAGGAAGGAACCUUACCAUGCCGCAACGGAUGACUUAUCUGUGAUUUUGAAUGGAGUCACAGAUCCAAAGGUGAACCGUCGACCAGAGAUCCCCUCAUUUUGUCCUGUGAAGGUCAAGAAGCUAAUCAUGUUCUUGUGGCAUGCUGACCCCAAGCUACGCCCUACAGCCACCGAGUUGAAUAAUCGGUUGGAUGAUUUGAAUGAGCAAGUUUUUGCGGCUUGUGGGCCUAAAAAGACAUCGCGUCUUACACGAGUGGUUCCAACGGGAGACCAAGAUGAUUUCUUGUAUCAAGCAUUCCCCCGGCAUAUAGCAGAUGUGUUGAGAUCUGGCGGCAAGGUCGAGCCAGAACCACACAACGACGUAUCCAUCUGCUUUUCGGAUAUUGUAGGCUUUACUACGAUUGCUUCGAAGCUUGACCCAUUGAAGGUGUCCAGUUUGUUGGACCGUCUGUACUUGAAGUUUGAUGAGGUGACUAGGAAGUACGACCUGUUCAAGGUUGAAACGGUCGGUGAUGCAUACAUGUGUGCUGGCAAUCUAGCCAAUGAUCAGCAUGAAGACCAUGUGCGUCGGAUUGCUUUGUUUGCUACCGGUAUUUGCAAGGCUGCGUCAGAGACAUUGAUUGACGAGGAUGAUCCUUCUGUUGGUUAUACGAAAAUUCGAGUUGGGUUCCAUUGUGGUCCUGUUGUGAGCAAUGUUGUGGGAUCACUGAAUCCUCGUUAUGGGGUGUUUGGAGAUACUGUGAAUGUCGCAGCAAGAAUGGAAACCACAUCUGCGGCUGGGCGAGUCCAUUGCAGUGAAUUAAGCGCGAAGAGGUUGAUGGAUGACGCACCAGAUCUCUUGGUGAAGGCUCGUGGUGCAACACUGAUCAAGGGUCGUGGCCGAAUGAUGACAUAUUGGGUAUCUGAAAUUUGA